AUGAUGACUACCAGAAUUAAGUUCAAGCAAAGAAUCAUCGUACUAACGAUCAAUCGUAAACCGAAUAUAUAUGACUAUAAAAUUUAUUUGAACUAUGAAUCCAACAAAUCCAAAACCAUUGGUCAAUGGAAUGAAAUUAAAAUACUAAAAGAAAUAGAAUUAAAUCAAGAUUUUCAAUUUUCUAAAAAUGAAUUUAAUAUUUUCCCAUCUGAUCAAUUUUUUAAGGAAACAAUAUCAUUAUUAAAAUUAACAACCUCAACGACUAUAAAUAAGAAACUAGUUGACUUAAAUUUAGAUCAAAGCUUCAAAAUUGGUGUAUCUAUUAAAAUAAUAUCUAAUGCUUUAGUUUGGGUCGAAAAAUAUUUUGCAAAUUCUAAUAAAAGAGUACGUCUCAAAUAUAUUAGCGUUAGAUAUUUCAAGAAAAACCUUGAUGAUGCAGUAGUUGAUAAGGAAUUUGAUCCUGAAAAACUUGUUGAUGAAUUUAUUGCAAGGUUUAAAUCCGAAGAUCAUGCAGCUCAGGUUUGUGACAAGAUUAAAGAAUUAAAACAAGGUUCUAUGGAUUUGGAUAAGUUUAAUUCAAAAUUCUUUGAAAAAGCAUCACUUUUAAGUGACGAAGAUCUUAAAGAAAAACGGGUUCAGAUUAGACUUGUGGAAACCUCAAAAGCGAACAUUAAUGGUUAA